AUGAAAGCGUUUCAUUUGGCAGAGCCCCUAGUUAAAACGAAUUCCUUUGACGGGGUGUCCUUGGAGGGCGGAAUAGUUACAGUGAGCGCAGAUGGUAACACCACCACGAGCACAUUGUCCUUUACGCCCACAGCCGCAGACCAUGGGCUCAUCUUGACUUGCAAAGCAUCCAAUCAACGGAUCCCUUUUAGCGAACAACAACGCACUUGGAUGCUCAAAGUGCUGUAUCCUCCAAAGGUCACUUUAACCCUAGGACAUGGCCUGGAUGCUAAUGACAUCAAAGAAGGUGCUGACGUUUAUUUUGAAUGCCAUCUAAUCGCUAACCCUUGGGUACACCGGGUGUGGUGGCUCCGAGACGGCGAGAAACUGCUCAGCAAUUCCACGGCGGGAGUCAUCGUCAGCAAUCAGACACUCGUCCUUCAGGGUGUAAGUCGGGCCAGUUCCGGCAGAUACUGUUGCGAGGCGACGAACAAAGAGGGCACCUCAAAGAGCCCGCCUUUCCACCUCCGGGUGAAAUUCGAGCCGGUGUGCGGGGACAGCAUCAUCAGGAGGGUGCUGGGAGCGGCCAAAGACGAACCACUCAGGGUGGAGUGCAAGGUCGACGCAGAACCGGUGGCCACGACAUUUCGGUGGAGUUUCAACAGCACUCCGGGGAUUUCCCGGGAGCUCAGCGAGUUCACAUCGGAUGCAGGCCUUAGUACGCUGACAUACGUACCUAGGGUGGCGGCGGACUACGGCACUCUGCAGUGUUGGGGCAGCAAUAACAUAGGAUCUCAGUUAGUACCAUGUACUUACCACAUUGUACCAGCUGGGAAACCAGAUCCUCCUCAUUCAUGUAUGACAGUCAAUAUAACCCACCACUCGGUCUUGGUGACUUGCAAGAAGGGCUUCGAUGGAGGUCUGCGACAGAAAUUCGUAUUGGUGCUGAAUUCUGGAGAAGCGACAAUUGCCAACAUGUCUUCAGCAUCUUCUCCCGAAUUUUACAUACCCAAUUUGGAACCCUCCCAAGAAUACGCUGUAACUAUUUACUCAAUAAAUGGCAAGGGAUUGUCAAAAAACGCACAACCUGUAGUGAUUCGAACUUUGCCUGCUCCAGGUUUGAAGGAGCAGCGUCGGUCGACGGAGCCCACGGACACAACAAAGGGCGGAACGGGGCCCUGGUUAUACAUUUUGCUGGCUGCAGGAUCGACUCUUAUCGUAGCAGGAGCUGUGGGAGCAAUAAUAUUUGCGGUGCGGAGAUUUAGGGUGGACAGCCCCGUGAGGAACCCUCGAGUCCGCAGUCCUAAGUUGGAGGAGAGCCCUCUAACGCCCCGUGUGCCACCGCUUUACACGGACACAAUUUCCGACGACAACAACCCUGAUCUUAUUCCAGAUGCUCCAAAUAACGAAACCCUCCUAGACACGUCGAUGGCACCUUACACGAUAACGGCCCGCCCAUCGAGCAAGCGCAACUGCGCCACGCAGAUGCCCGUGAAACCCUACCACGUCACUUGGGCGCCCAUCCUGCAGUCUCGAAACUGCGCCACUCAAACACCCCCACCGCACAAAGAAAGCUCUGUCUAAUCUAUUAGAAACCCCCAGGGUCGUACCGGCACAUUUCGGGGCCCGACUCCUUAGGACGGCCCUGUAACCCCAAUCAGAAGUCUCGGCACCGGGACCAAUACCACCUGUGAUAUUUGUGAAUAUCUCAUAUUUUUAAGCAUUAUGACAUUAUCAAAACUAAACUGUUAUGCUGUUAUUAUUUCAUUGUCAAUAAAAUAUCAUUACAUGUGUAGUGUUUUGUAUUAAUUAUUCCAGACAGUGUUGUAAACCGAAACAGUUGCGGGAAAGUGGGGACUGAUUUAUUUUCCUGUCAGUGUAAA